GCUGCCGAGGCGUGUCGCGUGAUGCCGUCCCGGGGAUGGGCAUGCGCCUUAAGCCACCCAGCAGCAAUUUGGGAAGAGGCGGGAGCGGUGACCCUCCCUCCUGCUCCGCGCGCCCUGGAGGCGGGCACAACUCUGCUUCCUCCUGCCCUGCCCCGCCCCUCCUCUCCCUCUCCCUCUCCCCUCAGCGCAGGGGAGACAGAUACCAGGGAUACCCGGACGCCAGAGGGGAAGAGAAGGCGGCGCUGGAGCGGCUCCAAGCUGCCAGUCGGGCGGAGAAGCAGCGGUAGAGCCUGGCAAGGGCGCGGGUCCGGGAGGGGACCUUCCCCUCGGCCGCCUCUGCUGCAGCUGCACUCAGAGGGAGGCGAAGAGGCUGCCUGCCACCCUUUUCCGAGGCAGCCUGCCUGGCCCAUGGAGCCCAGCUAGGGCGACGCAAGCCGAAGAGACCGAGGCCAGAUAGUAUUCAUGUGAGCAGCCUGGAGAUAAAGUGGAUGCUGGAGACAGCUAUGUAAACUAAAAUACUGCCAAGCCUGGGAAAUCCUAUAAAAUGGAGGAACUCUAUAAGGAUACACAAAACCUGCCCAUGGAUGUUACCAAUUCUCCUUCAGCAAUAGCCAACAAUAAGCUUGAAAAUGGAGUUGCCCAGCUAAUAACCGCAGAAGCAUGGAAUAUCAAUUCAGCUGACCUGAUGAAGAAAGCACUUUCACCCCUGGUGACUGUUCCUGCCCCAUCAAUAUUGACACCACCAACAGAACCACAGAGUGGUGUUGCUCUCAAGGUAGCCGCCACAGUGCUUCAGCCAAUUUGCUUAGGGGACAGCCCUGUGGUUCUGCCAAUACAUCUGCAAGUAGCAGGAAGUGCUGCUCCGCAAAUUGCUCCUGCCAGUAAUACUCCCUAUGUCAUGACAACACAAGGCCCUGUUCCCCUGCCUGUCCUGUUAGAGCAACACGUCUUUCAGCAUUUAAAUUCUCCACUGGUAUUACCUCAGAGUUCUCCCUGUGCACCCAAUCCUAUACACAGUAAUCUUUUUCAGGGGUCUUCUGCCCCAGUUGGACAGCCACAGCUCCUGGAUCACAAGCCUUCCAGUCAGACUCAGGAGCAUGUCUUGCCCCCUGUGUUUCAGACACCAGGAUUUGCUGCGGUUCUUCAGGAUCUCUUUCCUACCCAAGGUGCCCUUGGUUCGUCACCUUAUCAGCCACCACCAGACUGCUCUUCUAUCCCUACACCACCUUUCAGUUCUCCAUUGUCUCCUCUGGUUCCCCCAGCUACACUCUUAGUACCAUACCCUGUUAUUGUUCCCCUGCCUGUCCCAGUCCCUAUCCCUAUCCCCAUCCCUAUUCCAGUGCCCCAUAAUGCAGAAUCCAAAGCCAACCUGGAUCGCUCUAAGCCAGCUUCUUCGUUUAUAUUGCAUUCCUGCAAAGGCACCCAGACUCCCCUGGAGAAGGAAGAAACUAAACCAUUUGAUUUCAUCCACUACAGGGAGCUUUCUCAGCUGACUCGACACACUGUCAUCAAGAUGAGCAAUGAGAAUGAGGUCCUUGAUCUGUCGAUGAAAACAGCACCUUUACUGAAGGAAAAUGAGGACAGUUCCCAGCACUCACCUGAAGAUGGUGCUCUGGAUCUAUCAAUUGCUUCUUGUCGGAAGACUGGGAGUGCUGAAUUAACAAGUACCAUUCGGUCUGGGUCCAUGAUGGAUAAUACUGUUCAUUCUGGAGCAGAUAAACUUUCUAGUGGUGUUUCUCCCUUUGUUCCUUCAAAAUCUCAUGACAUUCCAGCAAAGGGUGAGAGCAGAGUGAUUAACAACUCCUCUGAAUUCCUAAGACAACAGCCCAAGUGGCUGGUGGAUCAGACUAGUAUACCGAGUGAGCCCUCUGCAGGUAAUAACCUUGAGCUUAUGAGCACUUCACAGACAGCCAAAGUGAUAGUGUCCGUCAAGGAUGCAGUGCCUACUAUUUUCUGUGGCAAGAUUAAAGGCCUCUCGGGUGUUUCCACAAAAAACUUUUCUUUUAAAAGGGACAUGCCCCAGGACUCAGUGCUACAGUGUUAUGAUGUGAAGAACCAGCCAGAAGCCCGGGAUAAUGGAGACGCUCUUAGGAAACCCAUCAAAAACAGAAGUAUCAAGUUAAAGAAAAUGAACUCACAGGAUAUACAUAUUCUUCCAAUCAAAAAGCAGAGGCUUGCAGCCUUUUUCCCAAGAAAGUAAUUUAUGAGGUUUUAGAAUGUUUAAGGUAUAAUUAUUAUGAAUAAAUAAAUGCACUUCAUUUUAAAUUACAUUAAAAUUUUUAGAUAUCUUUUAAGUUAUUUGGAAGUGGAGGAGGGUGGGAGGGAUAGUGGGAGAAGACUGGAUAUAUCUUCCCAGUAAACCUAUUCUUUUCCCCAUUGUGUUCUUACUUUUCAUUAAAAGUAAAUAAAAGGCAACGUAUUUUUCAAGUGGAUUGCACAUUUUGCAGCUUUAAUGGAGUAUAAUGGAUGGGUAAUUCAGAAGGGUAAAAGCUAUUUUCACUGCCAUAAAGUGCUUUGAUGAUGUCAUUCUGAACAAUGGUGGGUAGAAUGGAACUCUGAGAAUAAAUGUUUGUAUGUGCUAA